AUGGGGGACAUUGAAAUUACAAUACUAGAUCACAUUAUCUCCCAGAAUGGUCAGAAGACCGUCAACAUCGAGCGACUGCCUAGCCAACUCCAAAAGUCCAAGCUCGAUGCCCCUCCUACUGUUCAGGACUUGCAACGUGAAGUUGGUCGUCUUCGCCAGGAGAUUGCAUUUUAUCAAGAAGCUCAGAAAGCAUUAUUAGCCUCAUUCGAGGGUAGCAGGGAGGCUUAUCGUUUGCUGCGGGAUACGCUCGAAGCUGUCGUGCUUCAUCAGGACUUGGCGCAAGCUUUUAUGUCUUUGGCUUACGGCGCUCGAAAAGCUGGAACUGUGAUCCAACAGUCUCUGCGACAUACAUCUGAAACAUUGGCUACUUCAGAGGGCCAUUUACUCCAAUCGCUUGGAAUAUCGUUGGAUGAUAGUGCAACAAAAGAUUAUACAAUCUUAUAA